AAAGAGAACUAACCCCGGUUCAUAUUGCAUUCUUGACUCUCUUGAUAAUCGUUUUCGUCGAUUGUUUAUAUCUUAUGGGGCUUGCAUAAACGGCUUCAAAUAUUGUCGACCUAUGUUGUUCCUUGAUGGGACUUUUAUUAAAAACAAGUAUAAGGGGAUGCUAUUGGGUGCUUGUGCUAAAACAGGGAACAAAGAUGUUUUCCCAUUUGCCUUUGCCAUUGUUGAUGCUGAAAGUAAAGAGAAUUGGAGGUGGUUCCUUGAACAUUUGGCAAUAAUCUUGGCGAGCGACUACCGGACUAUUGUAUUCAUGACAGACCGUGGAGCUGGUCUUUUGGAUGGUGUGAAAGAGGUGUUUCCAAAUGCGCCUCACUCCUACUGUAUCAAGCAUCUAAAGGACAGUUUGAAUGGCAGGUAUCCAAGUUCCUAUGGUUCUACUUUUAAGGAACACAUUGUGAGAUUGUUUACACAAGCUGCAUAUGCUAGGACUUUAGAUAUCUUCAAUGAAAAGUUGGAAGAAUUUAGGAAGCAAAGUCGCGGGCAGGGUCAGUCCUUUCUUGCUAACUUGCCACCCGAAAACUAUGCUAUUGCUUGCUUCCCUGCUAAAAGAUAUGGCGAAAUGAGUAAUUCUUUGGCAGAGAGCUUCAACAACAUGGUCAAGGAUGAGAGAUGCAUGCCGCUGCCUCAGUUGCUUGAAGGCAUUCGUGUGAGAGUUAUGGAGAUUUUUUGUGAAAGGAAGGUUCAAUCUUCUACUUGGAGGAGUGUGCUAUGUCCUAAGCUUGAGAAAAAGUUGUCGAAAAGGAUAGAAACAGGGAGAAAUUGGAGAGUUAGCCAGUCUACUAAUGAUAUUUUUGAAGUUUGUACAGAGGAUAGCAAUGUCAUGGUGAACUUGGUUGAGAGGGAGUGUUCUUGUGCUUGGUGGCAGUUUAGGUGCUUCCCAUGUUCUCAUGCAGUUCAAGUAAUGCAGAAGGCGAACCGUAUCCCUUACCGUUACAUUGAAGAUUACUGGAAGACCUCAUUCUAUAGAAGUGCUCAUGAUCUUCCUAUUUUUCCAGUCCCGGAUCUUGAUAAGCCCAAUCCUAGUAGUUUUGGUGAUUCAGCUUUGCAGCCUCCCAAGACUCGAAAACCUCCCGGAAGACCACGGACAAGGAGGAUCAAGUCGUUUGGGGAAGAGUCCAGACCAGUGAAAUGCACACGGUGUGAUCAACUUGGCCACCACAAUCGCAGGUCAUGCAAUGUGGCGAUCUGAGACAGUAGCACAUUCAACAGUAACAGUAGCACAUGACAUGAUUCAGCAGUAGCAAAUUGAUU